GGGUGGUGCUGCUGGAGCUGCUCAUCGGCCGGAAGACAUUGGACGACAGCCGGCCGGGUCGGGUGCACAACCUCGUCGACUGGGCCCGGCCCCUCCUCCUCCGCAGCAACAAGCUGUUCAAGAUCAUCGACCCCCGGGUGGACGGGCAGUACACCGCCGAGAUCCUCCUCAAACUGUCCCGCCUCGCCUACGACUGCCUCAGCCAUAACCCCAAGGUGCGUCCCCACAUGAGCGAGGCCGUAACCAUCCUCGCCGACUUGCUCGACUGCGAGCGGUCCGCCCUCCGCAUCGCCGCCUCACCGAAGGUUCUCGAGGAUGCAGCGGCGGGGACGGAGAGGAAGAGAGAGUCGGAGGAGCAUGGCAGGAGGACCAGCAAUCCUCUAGGCGACGGAGGUCUCCAGCCUUGAGGACCUGAGGUCCCAAAGGAUCGCACAGCAGGGCGGAGGAGAAAGCAAUAGACUUGUAACCAUUUUUUCCUCCCAAAUAUCUCAUCUUCCCGCCUUGAUUUUAGAGAGUGAAAUUUAUUGGAACUGAAAUUAUAGAGAUCAAGCGAAAUCUUCCAUCAAUUUUUUUUUCCGGCGGCCACGUCCUUCGUCACGGCCCUGGCGAUCAACAAAACCCUAAAUUUUGCCCUUCUUAGUUAUGAGAUCGACAGCGUUCUGCACGAGCUUCUGCGUUCAUCAUCGACAUCAUCAUUUCUCCUCCCACUGGCCAUGCAAUCGAGGCUCCGCCCGUCGCUUUCGGUGGUUCUCGUCAGCACCCGCUGAACCAACGAAUGCCGCGGAGUGUGUUGAUCGGUGGCGCUCACUUCAUCAUGCUGCAGCAAAGAAAACGACCUUCAACUGCAAGCAAAAGGAGGACCACUGCCAUCGUAUUGCGUGUACGGCUCGACACCAGAAGCGAGUGAAUUAGAGGGGCAUUAGGGAGGGAGGACCCCAUUUAAAUUAAAUCCUUCUGCUUGCAUUUAAAACCUCUCUCGCCCUCGAAAGCGAAACCUUGCUGCUUUCUCCAUAAGCCACGGGCGUUGGAGCAGUGGAAGUCUUCGCUUCGACAAGGAGACGCCUUUAAUCCUCGAAAGCAGCGACAUCCAACCGCCCUCCUUUCCCCCCUUCCGAUGCCCUCAAUUCCUUUGACCUCAUCAUUUCCGGAUCUCGAUCGCGAUUUUCCUCUCGUCGGUGGCAGCGCUGAAUGGUAAAUUAUAUGCAGCAUAUUGAAGAAAAUUUUACCACAGUAGGCUUCAACUUGACUAUUUGUUGGCUAUGUUGAAGAGGAAAUUUUGGUUAUUAUGACGGGUCGUAACGUAGAGGUGAUCAGCAGCAAAGGUUGUUCAAGGCUCUUCGUUGCUUCUUCGACCUUGCUUCCAAAUGCAAAUAGUCUGAAAUUCAUGGUGAUUGCUUCUCCUGCUUCAUCACUUUCUGAGCCAACUCUUCCUUUGCCACGGGGUCCUUUCACCGGUCUCGUUAUUUGUGUUACUGGCCUCUCCAAAGAAGCAAGAAAAGAAGUCAUGGCAGCAACUCACAGACUUGGUGGUCAGUACAGUGGAAGUUUGAAUCCUCAAUGUACCCAUCUAGUUGUGCAGAGCUCUAUUGGAAGAAAACUUGAACAUGCUAUGCUGCAUGGAUCAAAGAAUGGUCUUUUCGUUGUUACUUUAGGGUGGUUUGUGGACAGUGUAAAGAGAAACACGAGGCUGAGUGAGGCUCUUUAUAGUGUAAAAAGUAUUGGAGAGAAUGGCUUGCCUUCGGGGGAAUUAAAUCGAAUUGUUGGGGUUCCUGGCAGUGAAAAGUCUUGUCUCCCAAGUCCCGCUUUUGAAGAUGACAAAUCAUUGGCUAGAGGUUGGCGAACUCCAGUAAAGUCUCCCAACAAGGAACAAACUCUUGGUGGACCUGUUUUUUCCAACAAUUUUAUCUACAUUGAUCCAGAAGUUUCAGAUGAGAUGAAGGAAAAGGUUGCCGAGGCAGUUACUAGAGAAGGUGCUACUCUUUUGGACAACUGGUUUAUUGGUUGCCAUGCAAGUCAUAUUGUCUGCGAAGGUCCUUCUAUCCGGAGAUACAUCGGUCUAGCUAAUAACAUUGUAACUCCACUAUGGAUACUGAAAACAACAAAAGAGAAGUGCAUACAAAGGCUUGUACAUUUAUCUUCUGACCUGGCUAAGCAGGUGAACAUGAUUCUUGAGAGUGAUCAAGUUGCUCGAGAGGCUAGCUUUGGCCAAAGUCCACAUCCUGUUGCUUUGAAGAACAGUUACGCUCUUCCGCAUGGUGUCAAUGUGAACAUUGAAGAAAGGCUAAAGACUGUUGAGUUAGCAAAAUUAGGUGUAAGGAAUCGUCGCACUUGCCGUAUUCAAUCAUGCCAGGAUCCAAUUCAUCCAAUCACCCCCUACACUCUUUUGGAGUCCAUCUGCUGGACGAUAUCUGAACCGACAUCAUCUGCUCGUAUCUACACAGAAUCCUCUUGGAUUGAAGAUGUAUCUGAGCACCAUCCAUCUUGUUUUUCGGGCGAUGGUGGCAAUUCUGAAGCUUCCUUAGAAAACUUCUCCCGAGCGCUAAGAGAAAGUGAGAAGAGGGAGGUCAUCUUAAAAUGUCAUUUCCUUUCAAUACUCUUCCCACUUGAUCGCUUUGGGGAAUUAGGUCCUUCAUCACGAUCAUUUUUCAGCAGUCAUGGAUUUACUUGCAUUCAAAUUUUGGAACAUAUAUACAACUUUUAUCAGGAGAACAUGGCGAUGGAGGAGAUCAACCUUGCAGUACACACAGACUCAAGGCAUGCCGAUCGACUUAGAUCAAUGUACGCAAGCAAAGAGUCGGUAGAACAAGGUUUUGUGGCAUUCAAACGCGUAGAUUUUAUUGGAAGCAGACGAAGUUUUGAAAAACUGAAGAGAGUAAGCGAGGAAAGUAAUGGAAGUUUGUACCAACUUCUGAUAAGAGCGUGAAUGCUGCAUCCAUUUGUGGAUUAACAAAAUCUUUGUUUUUUUUAUUAUUUUCGACUUCAUUAUUUCUUCUUUGUGUUCUUAAUUGUACAGCUGUACCUUCGCUAUUUUCUGUAUCAUUGUAUGUAAAGAAAUACUGUUGAUUGCUGAUUGCUCAAAA